AUGGGCUGCAACAGUUCAACAAACGGUACAACGUCGUCCCCAUACACUACACAGACGUCAGUUCCACUAACCAUGCUGGUCUGUUUGCUUAUUUUAUUGACGGUGUUCGGGAACGUGUUGGUGGUGAUCGCUGUGCUGACAAGUCGCGCAUUGAAAGCGCCACAGAAUCUGUUCCUUGUAUCAUUAGCCUGCGCGGACAUACUUGUGGCCACUUUGGUGAUGCCCUUCUCACUGGCAAACGAGCUUAUGGGGUCGUGGUACUUUGGAUCGGUUUGGUGUUACAUCUACCUAGCGCUGGACGUCCUUUUCUGCACCUCCUCAAUCGUGCACUUGUGCGCCAUCAGCUUAGACAGGUACUGGUCCGUCUCCAGAGCCAUCGAGUACAACAUGAAACGCACACCGCGCCGGAUCAAGAGCAUCGUGCUGCUGGUAUGGGUCAUCGCAGCCCUCAUCUCAUUCCCCCCUCUCUUGUCCAUAGGAACUGGAAAGGACCAAGAAGGGGACCGGUGUAAGAUCAGCGAUGAGAAGUGGUACAUUCUUUUCUCGUGCACAGCUUCUUUCUUUGCGCCUUGCUUGAUUAUGAUCCUGAUGUACGUCCGCAUUUAUCAAAUAGCAAAGAAACGCACGCGGAGUCACCCUGGCGAUAAUUACAACGACCAGGGCGCAGCCAAAGGUCAACGUGGCCACGCGCGUAAAGACGCUCAGGAGAGACAGAACGAAGAUGGGGGGAAAAGGAAAGAGGGUAGGGAGGGGCGAGAUGUUAACGGAGUGGACGUGGAGGAGUGUUCCUCCUCAGAUUCCAACGAUAACGACAAGGGCCUGUGCUCCCUGAAGAAGAAACGAGGGAAGACCAAACUCUGUCAGAUUAACCCUGGAAACCCUCCUCAGCGACCACAAGAACAACCACAGCAGAAAGAGACGACUAAAGUCAGCCGCUGGAAAGGACGUCAAAACCGGGAGAAACGCUUUACGUUCGUCCUUGCCGUUGUCAUGGGAGUAUUUGUCUUUUGCUGGUUCCCUUUUUUCUUCACUUACACACUCAUGGCUCUGUGUGACUCCUGUUGCGUCCCUCGGACCCUGUUCAAAUUUUUCUUCUGGUUUGGGUACUGUAAUAGCUCCCUAAACCCUGUUAUAUACACAGUUUUCAACAAUGACUUUAGGAGAUCUUUCAAAAAAAUCCUGUGUAGGAGAGAGAGAGUGAGAGAGACGUAA